AAAAAACAGUAGUAGAAAAAGUUUGUCAGUGGUUGAACAUGAAUAAUAAAUAGAAUUAUUAUUGUUUUGUGUGUGUGUGCAAAAUUUAGAGUUUACAUUAAUUAUUUCAACUCGCACGACGUUGUGAAUGCGUAUAACUUUUUGAAUUUGCCGCCUAGUCGUCGCAACAAGAGCCACGGGCACCAAUGCAAUUGUAGCCCUGGUAAAACUAUCGAUAGAGUGCAAGCAAGAUAAGGCUGGCAGGCAGUUCUGUGUAGCCCUGCUGCCACGUUUUCACAUUAACUAAGGGAGACCCAAGGGUAGCGGAGCCAUAGCCAUGAUAAAGAUGAGCAUGGGCUACACAGUGCUCUCACGUUUGCGAACCCUGGCACGCUACACAAUCGCCUACGCUUGUAUAACGCAUUGUACGUUUGAGUAUGUAGGGGACUUUGUUUUGUGCAAAGGACCCUCGAUGGAGCCAACGCUCUUUUCUGAUAAUGUACUGCUAACGGAACGUAUUUCGAAAUAUUGGCGCAAAUAUCAAUCUGGCGAUAUUAUAAUUGCCGUUUCGCCAGUUAAUGCUAGCCAGUAUAUAUGCAAGAGAAUUGUAGCUGUGUCUGGGGAAAAGAUAACUACACUUAAGCCCACUCCAAUGGAAGCCGAAUCGGCGUCAAAACACCCGAGCAAAGUUGCAAUGGUCACAGAUUAUGUGCCUCAUGGCUGUGUUUGGAUCGAAGGUGAUAAUAAGGGUAAUAGCUCGGAUUCACGCUAUUACGGACCCAUACCGCUUGGUCUAAUACGCAGUCGAGUCAUCUGUCGCAUUUGGCCACUCACAGAACUAACAAGCCUCUAGCCACCAAGAAAGGCGAU